GGGGGGUCAGUGUGGUAAUGGUCAUAUCCUCAGUGGUUUAGAGGUCACGGAGGAUUAUAAAUAUGGUGAAGGAGGCAGGAGAUGCAUCAGUUCCAUCCAAGACAUCAGUAGGCGCACACGCAGGGUACACUGAGAAUCAUGUGGAAGGUCGUAUUGCUAUUGAUCUCCGCGAGUGUUGUCCUCCAGCUGACGGAGGCGCAGAGCGGAGCAGAGAGCUUAUCCUUCCACGGCUACAUUCCCAGUGAAAAUGUCAGGGCGAAGGCUCCGAGAGGUGACGGCCAACCCAAUGAUAUUUACCUUGCCUUCGAAAAGCCACGAACACUGAAAGACGGCGAAGAGGUGUUCUACCCCCGUAAUAUUGAAGGUUUCGGCUUCGAGUACGGUCAGGACCCUGAGGAGCACGUCUAUCAGAUCCACGACACAAACAAACUGCAGUUCAACAAGCAUAGCAAGCAGUCACACGAACAUAACAAGGGCAGUGGCAAGAACAUCAUACCAGCUGCCUCUGUCCUCGAUAUCAUCGUCCAGCAAGCCCUUCCGCACAACUAUGGUAACCCUGCCCCUCCUCCUGCCCUUCCUGGAUACCCAGGCUCAUCAUUUCCUCGUCAGCGGUAAAAUGCAUGCUGCUAGCUGCUACGACACGUUUUGUAAAUAUUCCUUCCUCCUGCUGAGUCUUCAUCAGUCUUCUGCAAGCCAUGCUGGCUAACUAGUCCCCAUGAUCUGCCCUAAUCGUAUCCUUCAUUCCCAGCAUCCACAUCCUGCUGCUUAAUGCAUUAGAAACUCAUCGCCUAUCCAUCGUCUAUUUUACCUAUUCCACCCUUCUAACAUCCACUCCAGGAGUUCAUCCUCCAUCACUCUCAUAUUCUUUCAGAAGUCCAUCCUCCAAAUCACUCACAUCCAGUCCAAGAGUUUAUCCUGUUGUGCUACACCUACUUCGAGUCUCCAUCUUUCCCUGCCACCAUAAGAAUAUUUUCAUCAUUCUGUUUCCGAGAUGAUAUAUGGUCUCCAUCCUUCUUUCUCUUUAAGGUUAUCUGAAGACCUCCUCUCCUCCAGUACUCCAUCAGAUGAUCAGUCGGUCUUGUAUUCAGAGACUGUUUCAUGCCUGAUCUCACUUGUUUACUCAUCAUCCCGGUGAAGCUGACCUUGUUCCUUCAUAAUCAAUCAGCUUAACUCUGGAGGCACUGUCAAUAUAGAUCUAAUGCACUUUACGUUUCCUAAUCCCACUGGGCAUUAUAUAAUUUGACGUUGUCAAGUCCUGCCACUGUCGUCCUCCCUGAAUUAUUUCAAUCCUCUGUAACGUCUUUGAGAAAGGGGAAUGUAUCAUGUCCCUAGGCUUCCAUGGAAUUGUAAUUCUCACAUCCUUUUUUUCUAAAUGACGCCCAUCUUUUACGUAACUUUUCAUGUGCCCCCCAUACAUCAGUCAGGUCUUUCAACUACCUCACCCAUCAUGCAAGCAUCAAACGACUCGAUGAAAUAAGCAAUCUUUCAUUGUUCCAGUCCUUUCAACAGCUAUCCUAACCUGUCAACAAUCAUUCAAUGUCAUUUUCCCUUCAUCAUUGCGCUUAUAGCCUCUUUCAACUAAUUGCAUGAAACGCAAUAUCCUUCAAUUCCUUCCAUUUCGCUAAAUUCCUUCAUUUAACUCCUUCAUCCUUUCCUUCAAUCCUACCACCUGGUUGAAUCACCGGGAAGAAGAGAUUUAAAGAGGGCAUUACAUAUUUCCUCACCUUGUGAUAUUAGAUUAUGUAUUUAUGAAUUUACAUGUAAAUAUAUAUCCAUAGAUGCACACUCGUGUGUAACAGUGGACAUUUACAAAUCAAAAUGCAUGGGCUAUGUUGUAUUGUAUACAACAUAACUACCCGAUAAAAUGUUCGUGUGUUUGGCGCCAUGAGUAGUCGAGCUGAGUGAAAGAAUUUGUGUGUUGAUGUCUUUAUUUAUGUACUGUGCAUAUUA